AUCAUGCUUUGCCGUGCCCGCCGACCCGAGCGCUACCGAUGCUAGGCUAACUCUCGUUAGCUACCGGGAGCGGACAUGUUGUACCGACCCUUCCUUCAUUAAACGUCGCUGUAAGCGGGGAAACGGGAGUUGAGGGGGAGGCUCGGAGCGCUGGGCAAUCAUGGAUGCCGUUAACGCCUUCAACCACGAGCUGUUCUCAUUGAUGGACUCCAAGCCCCCAAUAUCUCGGGCAAAGAUGAUCUCCAUCACCAAAUCGGCCAUCAAAGCUAUGAAACUCUACAAACAUGUUGUCCAGAUUGUGGAAAAGUUUAUCAAAAAGUGUAAGCCUGAAUACAAGGUAGCAGGCCUCUAUGUGGUGGAUUCCAUCGUCAGGCAGUCCAGACACCAGUUUGGAGCGGACAAGGAUGUGUUUGGCCCAAGGUUCACCAAAAACAUCACAGGAACUUUUGAAAACCUCUGCCUUUGUCCAAUAGAGGACAGGAGUAAAAUUGUGCGUGUGUUGAACUUGUGGCAGAAGAAUGGUGUGUUUAAGAUUGAGGUUAUUCAGCCUCUCCUGGACAUGGCAGCCGGCUCUAGCAGCGCUGCUGCACUCUACGCAGGCGCAGAUGAGCCAGGUUCUUCCCCACCUCCAGCCAAAGAGCCAGUUACUGCGGUAACGACAAACUCCGCCACCACAACAACUGCUGCUCAGCUGCAAAACACUGACGCCUUUGCUGCUGUGGCACAGCUCUUCCAGUCUUCACAGGGUCAGCAGCUUCAGCAGAUGCUCCAGAACUUUCAGCAGCAACCUAUGAAGCCCGACACCAACACUCAGCCUCCUGUACAUAACAUUCAAACACAGGGCCAAAACAUCGCAACUGGACUGGGCAUGGUCGCACCGCAACCUCCCCUACCCACCCAGACCACCCAGCAGAAGACGGCCUUUGAUAAGAAAUUGCUGGAUCGCUUUGACUAUGAUGACGAACCGGAAACCGGAGAAGAAGCAAAGAAGGAUGAAAUGUCAUCACAUCCGUCCUUUAUGCAGCAGCCUCCAGCCUUCCCACAGCACAUGGAGCACUUUAAACCACAGAUGAUUAACAUGUUGCAAGACCCCUCACAACAGGUCUCUCUCCCUCCAAAUGGCCAGCCCCAGGCCUAUGGUUUUCCACCAGGACAAAGCUUCCCAGUUAUGAUGCCUCCUAUGGGGCAUGUUUUACCAGGACAGCCCCUCCCUGGUUCUACUGGGCCUCCAGGCUUUCCAGGGGUGCACCCCCCCCACAUUGCUACCCAGCAGCAACAGGAUUUGUCAGUGGAUAUGGACCGCUCAGCUGUAAGGGAUAGCAGACAUGGCCAACGAUCAAACUCAGGCUCGAGAUCCCCAAAGCGCAGGAGGUCACGGUCUAAUUCCCGUACACGGCGAUCCAGGCACAGGCGAUCCCGCUCACGCUCCAGAGACCGGCGUCACCAUUCCCCACGCCCUCGCUCGCUGGAGCGCAGGGAGAGGGAGAAAGAGCGAGAGCGACGGCAGAAAGGCCUUCCGCCACCCAAGAGCGAGACACUUAGCAUUUGCAGUACAACUCUCUGGGUGGGUCAGCUGGACAAGAGAACGCAGCAGCAAGAUGUUGCCUGUUUACUGGAGGAGUUUGGCCAGAUAGAGUCAAUCAAUAUGAUACCUCCACGUGGCUGUGCCUACAUUGUCAUGAUACACAGGCAAGAUGCCUUCAGGGCCCUACAGAAGCUUAGUAGAGGAUCUCACAAAGUUAACCAGAAAGCCAUCAAGAUUGCUUGGGCUUUGAAUAAGGGCAUAAAGGCUGAGUUUAAACAGUACUGGGAUGUGGAGCUGGGUGUCACCUACAUACCUUGGUCUAAAAUCCGAGAGGCUCAGUUGGAGGAGCUAAAAGAAGGAGGAAUACUGGAUGUAGACACCUUAUCACCAGAAUGGAGUGGAGUGAGGAAGAUUCUUGAUCUACCGGAGGAGCUCACCCACAACGGCCGUUCAGAGCCACAGCAGCCUGAGGAUGCACAGGUAUUACCACCUGUGGCUGCUGCAGCUGCUCCACUUGCACAGGUUCCUCAAAUGCAGCAGCCCAUGGUUGGUGUGGGCUCUCUCCAGCCUCCUGUCUUUCCUGGUCCCAUAGGCAUGCCUCCGCCUUCCUUCCCCCCAGGCGUCCCCCCUCCUCCUUUCAUCAGACCUGGCUUCAAUCCCAUGCAGAUGCCUCCAGGUUUUCCUCCUCCAGGUGCCAUGCCUUUAGGUCCCCCACCUCCUGCCAAAGGUGGAGUGGAUGACCCGCCUCUGGACCCAGCAGGUCUGGGCAACAGGACAAAUGAUGAUGUCAUGGAGGGUCACAACAUAUUCAACAACCAGAUGGGGCCUAUGGGUAACCAGGUAGGUGUACCUCCAGGAAACCUCCAACCCCCUUCUGGUGGUCUACUUGGUGCACGGCCUGGUUUAAUCCCACUUCAGCGUCCCCCGGUUCCCCCACCACACAUGCAGCGUUUCCCUCCACCCCACGGGCCACGACCCCCUCACCCCAACAUGCCUCCCAUGCCCCCUCAGAUGAUGCCCAGAGGCCCACACCCUCAAAUGAUGCACCAUGACCCUCCUCCACCCAAAGGAGGCUUUGGAAUGCUCCCUCCCCACAAUAUGAGGGCUCCUUUUCCUCCGCAUGGACAUGGCCCCCCUCCUCAAGGUCCUCCACCUCCUCCUUUUAUCAGACCAGGGGGUCCUCCUCGUGGCCUGGAGGGGCCGGAAGAAAUGGAUGGCAGAUCUUUCAGAGGAGACCGACCUGGAUUCAGGGACCGAGAGCCAGAGAGGGACAGAGACUGGGAUCGCGACAGGGAUAGAGAGAGGGACCGAGGUUUUGGAGGUGGAAGGCGCCCAUUUGGUGAUGGAGGGAGGGGUGGAAGUGGUGAUAGAAUGGAUGGGAGGGACAGGGUCGGAGGCUGGCAUGAAGAUGGAGGCGAUCAACGGGGAGGAGGAUGGGAGAGAGACAGAGAUCGUGACCGGGACAGAGACCGCGAUCGGGACAGAGACCGUGAUCGUGAUCGAGAUAGACGGGACUGGAGGGAAAGGCGAGGCGGCCUGGACAGCGACAGGGAACGAGGGAGGGGUGAUGAUGGCGAGAGGGAGCGAGGGCGGGGGGAGGGAGGAGAAAGAGGAAGGGGAGAAGGAGGGAGUCGAGAAAGAGCGAGAGGAGCUGAAGGAAAAGAAGGGGACAGGCCAAGGCGGUCAGAACGGCGAGAGAGGACCACGCGGUGGGACAGAGAUGAUCGACUGGCUGAGCUGGAAAACAUGGACAAACUUAGGAACUCUGACAGCACAGAGAAACCUAGUGCAACUCCUGCAGCCACUGCAGAAAGCAGUAAAGAACCAGUUGUGGAAACUUCUCAAAAGAAGGCAGAAUCUGAACCUUUAGCUCCGCCCUCAGAGGUAACUACUGCUGCAGUGGAGGCAGUGCCACCCUCUGAGCCCUUACCUUCAGCUCAAAGUGAGCCCACAGAAACGAAAGAGGAAGCAGCAUCGUAGACUGGCUCCCUUCUCUUGCGACCAGAAAUUGCUGCGAACCACUGAAAGAUUUUUUUUAAAAGGUUGUUAACCAGGCUCAAUUCCUGGCAGAUGAAUACGUUCCUAGUCACAGUUUGUCAGCUGAUGGUUAACAGUUUGUGGGCAGUAACACAUUUCUUGAAAACAAAUAUCUCCCACACAUGUGAAAAUGGUUGUUUUCAAACUUCAUGUUCAAAUUUGGCUUUCACUUCAGUCCCUUAAAACACAUCACCACUUGAAAAUUUGUUUGGGAAAAUGGUUUCAGUUAAGCAUUGACAGUCUAUUCACUGUGAGUUGCAAGAAUGAAAAGAGUGUUUGCAUGUUGACUAAGCUCUGUUCAUCUGAGAGUAAUUUGAGCCUUAGUUUUUUUUUAUUUUAAUCAAUGUUGCCUGCAUAUAUAAGGAAAAAAGGAAUUUCUUCAUUACACAAACUUAUUUUUUACUUCAUGGCCAUGUGAUAACAGGCACUCCUCAACCAAGUAAAUGUGUUCAUUUUAAAACAUUGGUUUUAAUUUGCCAAAAUGUCAUGUCAAACACUGAAUAAUAGAGGCACCAUUUAUUUUUCUUAGUUGUUUUUCAUCUCAUUUUGUGUUUCAUGUCGUCUCCUCAUUGCAAUAUCACAGCCAGUAAGGCACAGCUCUGAAAGGACGAUGGUGGCCUUAUAAUCCAAUCAAGUUACUUGCAGGUGUUUGAAUUAAAAAGGACAUGUUAUUUUAGUUCUGUUGUUUUUGUUUUAAGUACAAAUUAGUUGAGGCAUCCUUCUGGAUGUUGGGGUAAUUUAGACUAAGAAUUUGGCCUGAUACUUUGCCCACACAAUCGGCCAAGCUUUCGUUUCACUUAGGAUCUCUCUUCUUAGCCUUUGAACCACAGUUAAUUUCAGGAGGAAUAAGGAUGAGUCUUCAUUCUACCAGACACUUGCUGCAGUAAAUGAUGGAUCUGUGACAUGCAUAUGUACUGGCUAACAUCUUGAAUCCACUCUCAAUAUAAGGUUUUAAGUAAAAAAAAAAAAAAAAGUAUACCAGUAUUACCAAGGCUCUUACAUAUGACUGGACAUGAGACUGAUUAGAAACAGAGAUAAAAACAAUAAGAAACCACGCUUAUUCUCACAAGGUUUGAGUCUUACUUGGUAGAUAUGUUUUACUGACAACAGGAACUGAGCCCAGGUCCCUGUAAAAUAAGUAACACUUCUCAAUCCACUCAUUCUAAUAUAAUUUAGGUAAUCAAGAAUGCUUCAUUUCUUUAAUCAUACUAUACUUAUUCAGAUGUCACUUUAUAGAAAAGUUGUUAAGAAAAGAAGAAAAUCUUUUCUCUGUGUGCAUAAUCAUUUUGUUUGCUAACAAAAAUAUUGGACAGACAAACAAUUGUAGGGGCUCAAAACCAAGGACUUAAGCUGUGGCAUUAUCAAUUUUCUUUUGCUUAAUUGACAUUGUGAGUGAUGUGCCAAGAGGCAUUUUGCAUAAGGAAUUUUUACAUAAGUGUGCACAAAGGUUCACAAAAGAAAGGGUACGUCUCCGUGUAUCAUGGUAUGUCUCCCUAGGAAUAUUUAGGACGUUAAUGAAUUUGGUGUUAAAUAAGUUGACUUGAUAUAUACAGAGAUGGCCAAACAGUUGAAAAACUGCUGGGGAAAAAAUAUAUUUUUCUUGGCAAAAUUGAUUAUCUUGGAUUUUUGUUAAAUGUUUCAACAGUCAGUUUUUGAAAAAUAACAUCUGUGUCAUGAAAAUUGACAUCCUAGCCUAGAUACGCAUUUUUUGUUGUUAAAUCAAAUUUGAGUAGAUCCAAGAGAGGAAUAUCCAGCACAGGUUUAUUUAAAAACUAUUAUACUGCAUGAAAUAAUUCAGGUGCCAGCUUGGAUUUUUGAACAUUUUGUAAACAAGUCAAUGGGUAGACUUGAUCAGAUUCAUGUUUUACGGUGGCGUUUUCUUUUUGCUGCGUGUAUGGGAGGAAGAGAGAGGGCAAUCUCUGGGAUCAGACAAAUAAGUUUCCCUCACGUAAGCUGGUCAAGCUCUGAUUUAUAUUAGUUCUGGUGACAUGAAAACGCAAAAUAUAACCCUGUAACUUAAUUUUCUUUUCUUUUUUUAUUUGUCCAUGAUAAACUCAGCUUUCAAACUAAGUGUCUUUUUCCACUGACGACGUACUGUAUCUGAGUUUUUAACAUUUGAAGCCCAGGUUCUGCAGGUCCACUACAGAGAGGCACUGAGGGCAAAAUUAAAGUGAUGAAAUGAGGAGUGUUGCUUGGGGACACACUGCUGUAAAUAUGCUUGUAUCACUUGACGAUUCAAAGAUGUAAUGGUAAUUGUUGUUUAUGAUCUGUGAUUUGUUUAUCUGAGAGAGACAAAUUGACUUGGAAGGAACAACAAAGGCCCUUUGCUUUAACGUUUUGGUUUUUUAAAAAAAACUCCUCAUGGUUUGGAAGUUGACGUAUGUUUCUAUGAUUUGUUAAAAAUACAAAAGACAUGGACAUAAAAUCUUCAAUAUUUCAGCCAGAGGAAAUUGUUUUUAAUAAACUAUUUUUGUACCAAAUCA